GCAAGUAUAGCUAUGAGACAUUUAUAGCUAUCAAACAAAGCGAUCUUGUUAUAAAUUCAAAAUUGUGAAGCGAAUAAAUUUCGAUUGUGGAAAUUACUACCAAUGUCGAAUGGGAUAAACGCAAAGGAUUGCGUCUUUUCACAUCUCAGGUAAAAGGAAAGCCGCGGAGUGUUAGAUUUGCACCACCGAUGGCAGAUCACGACAAUAUUUAUGAUGAUGAGGAGCUAGUUUCAACCAAUCCAAAUCAAAGGAAUUGGCGUGGGAUUUUAAUAGCGUUACUCGUGAUCGUCGCAGUCCUAGCUCUUAUUGUCACUUCUGUAGCUUUGCUCACACCUCCCGAUGAUGGCCCUAGAGUACGCGGAACACGAUUACAUCUCUCCGAGGUACUCUCUGGCGAAUUAUCUCCUUUAUUAUUCAAUGGAUCCUGGGCGAGUAAUCGCCACAUUUGUUAUCGAGAUAUUUGGGGUGGCAUUUCUCUGUUAAAUGUCUCGAGUAUCGUAUCACGUAGUUUAAUGCCAAAUGAGACAUUCAGACGAUUGAAUCCAGUAAAAUUCUCUUUAUCGCCGGAUCAUCAAUUUUUGCUUCUUGCACAAAAUGUGAAGAAACUAUUUCGCCAUUCAUACUUAGCGCAAUAUAUAGUUUAUGAUGUCAAUUCACGAGAGUGCGUAGCAUUAACACCUUAUCCUGAGAAAGAGAGUCAUCCAUAUCUUCUAUUAGCACAAUGGACUCCACGUGGACAUGGACUCGUCAUGGUACAGGAUUACGAUAUUUAUUACACAACAAGUCCCACAAGCAAUACUGCAUAUCGUGUAACGAACACUGCAGUGCCUGGUAUAUUAUCCAAUGGUGUACCAGAUUGGUUAUACGAAGAGGAAAUAUUGCACAGUGCAGAGGCAAUAUGGAUGUCGCCAGAUGGCCAUAUGAUGCUUUAUGCCUCGUUCAAUGAUUCUCUUGUAGAAGAGAUGCACAUUUCAUGGUUUGGAGAAGGAAACAAAGCUUUAUAUCCUGAUAUACGAUCUCUACGGUAUCCUAAGCCAGGAACACCAAAUCCUUCUGUACGAUUGUAUGUCGCUGAUUUAGUUGAGCCGAAAAAUAUUCGUACGAAGAUAGUGAAACCACCACCAGUCAUCGAGCAUACGGACCAUUAUUUCUCGACUGCUUCCUGGGUAUCUCUGACAGAAGUCUGCAUAACAUGGUUGACACGCGUCCAAAAUUUUUCAGUAAUUACCAUCUGUAAAAGUCCAAUGUGGCACUGUCAGGAAAUACAAAGAAUAUCAAAUGAGAAUAAUCAUGGAUGGGUGGAUACUCCACCAGAAGCCCCUCUCUUUUCAACAAAUGGUAGUAGUUACAUCGCAAUAACUCCAGUGAAAGAUGGACCGACGGGAUAUUUCAAGCAUAUAAUUUGGGCUAGUGUGCUUCGAAAACAAGUAGUGCCUUUGACGCAUGGAAAAUUUGAGGUCGUUAGGAUUUUAGUAUGGGACCAAACAAAUAAUACUAUAUAUUUCAUCGGUAUUCCAUUUAUAAGACCGGGUCAGAGACAUCUCUAUCGUAUAAGUUCUACUCUUCCUCGACUAGGAUCGCCCUUGAGGCCUCCUAUGUGCCUCACAUGCACCAUCUUAUCUGACAUGACAAACGAUGACGAAAAUGGACAUCGAAUUAGUUCUGUAAAUUGGCAGAAUGGUCUCAUCAAUCGAAAUGAAUGGCAUGAAACUGAUAAUAACAAGGAACAUCAUCAAGCAAAGGAUAAAAAGGACAAGUCGAAAAACAGGAAUGUUUCAAAAAGCGGCGACCCAUCUUGUCAAUAUCACAAUGCGAUCUUCCCAUCCGCGGACUUUGAAUAUUUCAUUCUCGAGUGCCUUGGACCUGGUGUACCUACCGUGGCCCUUUACAAAAUGGAAAUGUCCACCCCGCGACUCCUCGCAACAUUGCAGAAUAACACGUCGUUGCGCGAAAGAAUAGCAAACAUCGCACUUCCACAGGUAAAGACAUUUCCUGUGCAGAUAAGUGGUGGUUACAACGCACAAGUGAGAUUGCAUUUACCACCCGGGUUAAGAGAAGAUGAGAUUACACGUUAUCCAUUGGUGGUUCAGGUAUACGGUGCUCCUGGAUCGCAAUUAGUCACUGAAAUGUUUAAAGUGGAUUGGAAUACAUAUUUGGCUAGUCGGAGAAAUGUUAUUGUCGCACAAAUCGAUGGCAGAGGAAGCGGAGGACAAGGCUAUAAAUUAUUGCAUGAGGUGUAUUACAGACUAGGUUCUGUUGAAGUGGCUGAUCAACUUGAAGUUACAGAGUACUUAAGAGACUCUUUGCAUUUUGUGGACAAACGAAGAGUCGCAGUUUGGGGAUGGAGUUAUGGUGGUUUUGUUGCCGCUCUUGUUCUGGCUCAUCCGGAACAGAAAGUGUUUCAAUGCGGGAUAAGCGUCGCACCUAUCGUCUCCUGGGAGCUUUAUGAUUCUGCAUAUGCCGAGAGGUACAUGGGAUUACCGAAUGUGACAUCCAAUUACAAAGGUUAUGCCGAAUCUAAUGUUUAUAACAAAGUAAAGUACCUGCAUGAUAAGAUGUUUUAUUUGGUACACGGAACUGCGGAUGAUAACGUUCAAUUCCAACAGUCCAUGGCACUUGCUCGUCAUCUCGCUAGAGAAGGCGUACUUUUUCGACAACAGGUCUAUCCAGAUGUAAGUCAUACUUUGGCGGGCGUUAAAGGACAUUUAUAUCUCUCCAUGGAACAGUUCUUGGAAGAUUGUUUUCAAAAACAAGUACCUGCUGACACGAAGGCUGGACUUGGUAGCGGCGGUUAUGGCAUGUAUUAAUAUUAAGAAAUUUAAAAGAUAGCAAUUACAUGAAAUAUUGCGUAUCUACGAGUUGAUUAAAAUUGUAUAAAAAUCUAAAAAAAGAAGAAAAUUGUGAAAAUCUAAACAUCUCCAAAUUGUGUUCCGUCUAAUAGAAUAAUUACAGAAGAUAUGUGGCUCAUCGUUUUAUACUCCAACAAUCGAAAUUAUAAAACGCAAUGGGAAGUAUGUAUAAUCAUCCAAUACAUAAUUUACAAUGCGUUUACACCAGUUAACAAAGCACAUACCGAUUAUCUAAUCAAAUAAAUUGUCUAUGAAAUUAUGCAAAUUAUAUUCAUUUAAAGAUAUCUAAACAUUAAAUAAAAUUGAAAUUCCAUAUAAUGGAAUUUAACGCCGAAAUAGUCGAGGAAAAUAGCAUUACAAUGACAAUUUUAUAUUAUGUAGUGCCCGCCAAAAGAGUUCCGGGUGUAUACUGCAUAUAUUUCCGUCUAAAUUACUUCUGAAUGGUUCGUGAUAUAACAUUGAACUUUAUAAGAACACAAUGGGAUCAUAAAAUUUGUCAUUUAACUUCGAAAACAGCCAUCUUAAUACCCCUAGGAAGCAGGGGAAAAACGGGCUGAAUAAUCUUAAAAGGCAUGUGAAGUUGUAUGAGAGCUUGGAAAUGUUUUCUGAGACAAGAACAACAUGGCACACAGUAGAGCAGAUAAUCCUGAUCAACAAUAGAUCAUCAAAAUUUCAACAGCAGUGUUGGACGGACAGAGACAAAAGAUGACGACAAAGACUAUCGACAUAGAUGUAGAAAGAGGAAAUGGAUAUCGGAAAAUAUUAGAAUUGCUACCUGCCUGAAUCAGGGAUAUCUUGUCAGGAAAACAAGGAGAGAUGGAAAUAAUGGGCAAAAGAAUAAAAAAUUCAUAAGAGUGCAUCGUAUGAGAAAUGAUGACAUUAGAAUUUAGGAGUCUACCGACAUCGAGGAGAAAAGGAGUACCGAAAACUGGUGGUACAGGCACACAUGGAAGACACGGAACAGCCAAAGAUGGCAUUUACUAUCGACCCCAAAGAAGGUGAGACAUUGGACGUCCAAGAAAGAAAUUGGCUGUUGAAUAGAAAUAGGUCGUAGGGCCACAUACACUUAGAAGUUAAUGAUGAUGAUAGAUAUUUUCAUUGCAUUUCUAUAAAUUGUAAUCUUAUAUCUCAAACCAUUUAGAGUUAUUUAAGUCACCCGGAACUUUUGUCGCUCACUAUACAUACACAUUCACACAUGACACUGUAUAUAUAGGACAUAUGUAUAUAAAACGCCUUAAAAUAUUUCGAACAAUGCUCAUGUGCAAAU